AUGAAUAUAUGUUCCCUUCGCCCCUUCCCGCUUGACGGGGUGUCGGCCUCAGUUUCGACUGGCCUGUCGGGUCAAAGCGUUUUGUCAACUUCCCUAAAGCAAAUAGCACAAGCAAAUGAUCCUACACUCCGUUCGGCCAAGCAGUGUCCGUCUCGCUUGCGAGGCGGCAGCAACAAGGCGAUCGCAACCUCGGCUGUCAUGUUUGUUUGUACAUGUCAGUUUCUCGAGGAAAGGGGUCGUUUGGAGCGUAACCAUUCCACAUACCUCGGCCACAAGUCACCUGGACCGCAUGAACCAGUUGGAUGGCCGCUUUUGCUGGGGCCUCUAGUCAUGUCAUGUCAUGUUCAUGGACUGUUUUGA